AUGUACAGUGUGCGCUGCAAGAAGAAGGCGGAGGAUGCACGCACACCCUCGAGCCCCUCUCCCUCCGGAGGUAAAAUGCACGUUUGCUGCCCCCCAGUAACUUUGGAACAGGACCUUCACAGAAAAAUGCAUAGCUGGAUACUGCAGACUCUAGCAUUUGCUGUAACAUCUCUCGUCCUUUCCUGUGCAGAAACCAUCGAUUAUUAUGGGGAAAUCUGUGACAAUGCAUGUCCUUGUGAGGAAAAGGACGGCAUUUUAACUGUGAGCUGUGAAAACCGGGGGAUCAUCAGUCUCUCUGAAAUUAGCCCUCCCCGUUUCCCAAUUUAUCACCUCCUGUUGUCUGGGAACCUUCUGAACCGUCUCUAUCCCAAUGAGUUUGUUAAUUACACUGGGGCUUCAAUUUUACAUCUGGGAAGCAAUGUUAUCCAAGACAUCGAGACUGGGGCUUUCCAUGGGCUGCGGGGUUUGAGGCGACUACACCUAAACAAUAAUAAACUGGAACUUCUUCGAGAUGACACCUUUCUUGGCUUGGAGAACUUAGAAUACCUGCAGGUCGAUUACAAUUACAUCAGUGUCAUUGAACCCAAUGCUUUUGGGAAACUGCAUAUGCUGCAGGUGCUUAUCCUCAAUGACAAUCUCUUGUCAGGUUUACCUAACAAUCUCUUCCGUUUUGUGCCCUUAACGCACUUGGACCUGCGGGGGAACAGGCUGAAACUUCUGCCCUAUGUGGGGCUGUUGCAACACAUGGAUAAAGUUGUGGAAUUGCAGCUGGAGGAAAACCCCUGGAAUUGCUCCUGUGAGCUAAUUUCUCUCAAGGAUUGGUUGGACAGCAUCUCCUACUCAGCCCUUGUGGGUGAUGUGGUCUGUGAGACCCCCUUCCGUUUACACGGCAGGGACUUGGAUGAGGUAUCCAAGCAGGAACUUUGUCCAAGGAAACUUAUUUCUGACUAUGAGAUGAGGCCACAGACUCCUUUAAGCACCACGGGGUAUUUGCAUACUACCCCAGCCUCUGUAAAUUCUGUGGCCACCUCUUCCUCUGCUGUUUACAAGCCCCCUUUGAAGCCUCCUAAGGGGACCCGCCAGCCCAACAAGCCCAGAGUGCGCCCCACUUCUAGGCAGCCCUCGAAAGACUUGGGUUACAGUAACUAUGGCCCCAGCAUAGCCUACCAGACCAAAUCCCCGGUGCCUUUGGAGUGUCCCACCGCCUGCACUUGCAACCUUCAGAUCUCUGAUCUGGGCCUCAAUGUCAACUGCCAAGAGCGCAAGAUCGAGAGCAUCGCGGAGCUACAGCCCAAGCCCUACAAUCCCAAGAAAAUGUACCUAACAGAGAAUUACAUCACUGUUGUGCGCAGGACAGACUUCCUGGAAGCCACAGGACUGGACCUCCUGCACCUGGGUAACAACCGCAUCUCCAUGAUCCAGGACCGGGCCUUUGGGGAUCUCAGCAACCUGAGACGUCUCUAUCUGAAUGGCAACAGGAUCGAGAGGCUGAGCCCAGAGUUAUUCUAUGGCCUGCAGAGUUUGCAGUAUCUCUUCCUCCAGUACAAUCUCAUUCGCGAAAUCCAGUCCGGGACUUUUGAUCCAGUCCCAAACCUCCAGUUACUAUUCUUGAAUAACAACCAACUGCAAACCAUGCCUUCAGGUGUCUUUUCUGGCCUGACUCUUCUCAGGCUAAACCUGAGGAGCAACAGCUUCUCCUCCUUGCCAGUUAGUGGAGUUUUGGAUCAGCUGACGUCCCUCAUUCAAAUUGAUCUACACGACAACCCUUGGGAUUGCACCUGCGACGUGGUGGGCAUGAAGCUGUGGAUUGAGCAGCUCAAAGUGGGAGUGCUAGUGGACGAAGUGAUCUGUAAGGCACCCAAGAAAUUUGCAGAGACCUACAUGCGCUCCAUCAAGUCGGAACUGCUGUGUCCAGACUAUUCUGAUGUGGUGGUUUCCACGCCCACGCCCUCUUCCAUCCAGGUACCAUCUCGGACCAAUGCAGCGACACCAGCUGUGAGGCUGAACAGCACUGGGGCCCCUGCGGGCUUAGGUGCUGGAGCCGGGGCUUCCUCAGUGCCCUUGUCGGUGCUGAUCCUCAGCCUGCUGCUUGUUUUUAUCAUGUCAGUCUUCGUGGCAGCAGGCCUCUUCGUGCUGGUCAUGAAACGCAGGAAGAAGAACCAGAACGACCAUACCAGCACCAACAACUCCGACGUGAGCUCCUUUAACAUGCAGUACAGCGUGUAUGGGGGUGGAGGCGGCAGCGGGGGUGGCCACCCGCACGCGCACGUGCACCACCGCGGACCGGCUUUGCCCAAGGUGAAGACUCCCGCGGGCCACGUGUAUGAAUACAUCCCUCACCCACUGGGCCACAUGUGCAAAAACCCCAUCUACAGGUCUCGAGAAGGCAACUCCGUGGAGGAUUACAAAGACCUGCACGAGCUCAAGGUCACCUACAGCAGCAACCACCACCUGCAGCAGCAGCAGCCACCGCCGCCGCAGCAGCCCCAGCAGCAGCCCCCUCCGCAGCUGCAGCUGCAGCCUGGGGAGGAGGAGAGGCGGGAAAGCCACCACUUGCGGAGCCCCGCCUACAGCGUCAGCACCAUCGAGCCCCGAGAGGACCUACUGUCGCCGGUGCAGGACGCUGAUCGCUUUUACAGGGGCAUUUUAGAGCCAGACAAACACUGCUCCACUAGCCCUGCCGGCAGCAGCCUCCCAGAAUACCCCAAAUUCCCAUGCAGCUCGGCUGCUUACACUUUCUCCCCAAACUAUGACCUGCGACGCCCCCAUCAGUAUUUGCACCCGGGGGCAGGGGACAGCAGGCUGCGGGAACCGGUGCUCUACAGCCCUCCCGGUGCUGUCUUUGUAGAACCGAACCGGAAUGAGUAUCUGGAGUUAAAAGCAAAACUAAAUGUUGAGCCGGACUACCUCGAAGUGCUGGAAAAACAGACCACAUUCAGUCAGUUCUAA